AUGAGAAUUGCGAGCUAUUCAGAUCUCUUCCAACACAGGAAAGAAUCACUUCUCAAAUAAGAAGGGCAGUGAGCACUAUUAGUUAUGGCCUAUUUACUCAUCAACCUGCUGUCAUUAUUCUCAGUUAUUUUUUGCUAUCAGCUCUACAAAAGAUGGAAACUCGGAAGAAACACACCUGCAGAAUGUCAACAGGCUCCAAGCUUACCCACGAUUGAUCCUUUUCUUGGUUUGGAUCUGUUCAAGAAAUCUCUCGAGAUACGAAAACAGCAUACCAUCUUAGAAACCCACGCAAAGCAACAUGAUAUCUACGGCAAGACAUUCCAAGCUUUACGUCUCGGAAGAACCACGAUCUAUACAGCCCAUCCAGACAACCUAAAGGCAAUCUAUGGAACAAACUGGAAAGAAUGGGGUACAGGUAGAGCUGAUGCUAUGGAGCCUUUCUGCGGAAGAGGAUUUGUUACUAGAGAUGGCGAAGAAUGGAGAGUUCAUCGAAGUUUGUUUGUUUCAACCUUGACAGAAGCCAAUACUGUAAAUUUGAAAUUCCUCGGCGACGCUUACGAACAGUACAUACAACACUUGCCGUUAAAUGGACAGACUGUUGAUUUGGCACCAAUCUUCAAUGAAUUGUUCCUGGAUAUAUCACUUCAAUUCCUGUUCGGUAAGCGCAUAGCAGCAUUGUAUUCAGGGGACUCGCCGGUGGAUAUGGACACCUUCGAGAAAGCAUUUGAUACUGCACAAAGUUGGAUGGGUAUACGAUUAGCAUUUGGAAAGUUUGGACGCAGUGUAUCUCUCCUCAGUAACAAGUGGAAAGAGUCAUGCAGAGUAGUGCAUUUAUUCGUGAACCAUCAUAUUGCCAAAGCACUAGAAAAAGUGUACAGCUUAAAGUCAGAAGACCAUGCUUCAAGUCUUCUUGAGAAUUUAGUGUUACGAGGAAAGAACUUGGACGAAAUUCGCUCGCAAAUUCUUCAAGGUAUGCUAGUAACCCAGGAUACAACGGGCAUAGUUUUGAGCAAUACGAUAUUCCUGCUUUCGAGAUCUCCCGAAGUUUGGGCACGCCUACGAAAGGAAAUUUGUGCUUUAGGUCCAGUCGAAGUUUGGAAUCCAACAGAUUUGAAGAACUUAAAACUUCUUCAUAAUUGUAUAAAAGAAUCUUUACGCAUCUAUCCUCUGUUUCACGCAAACAGCCGUAUAGCUCUUGUCGACACAACACUUCCAACUGGCGGGGGUUCCGAUGGUACAGCAUCAAUAUUCAUCCCAGCAGGUAGGAAAGUCAGCACAAACUUUUACACACUUCACCGAGAAAAAUCGGUGUUUGGGGAUGACAUUGAGAUAUUCAAUCCCGACCGAUGGAAUCACAUCUCUCCAAGUAAUUGGGAAUUCAUGCCAUUCAGCCACGGUCCGCGUAGCUGUGCUGGUCGACACAAAGCUCUAGGAGAGGCCUCGUACAUUAUUGCCAGAAUGGCAGCUCAGUUUCAGCACAUAGAAAGUCGUGAUGAUAGGCCAUGGACCGAAGAUGUGAAGCUGGUGGUGAAAAAUGGUAAUGGUUGCCAAGUAGCGCUUUUUCCUGCUUAAGGGGUAGCUUCGUCCUAGUUUACUGUGCCUCUUUCACCUCUAAUUCAAUUACCGUACAUGAAUCAAUGUUGAGACUUUUGACAAUACUUUGUUGUCCAUGUAACCGACCUCGGUGGAGUCUGGAACAGACGGAACGAUGAUUCACGCCAGUGAUUAUGAAUUGAAUUUCAGAUAAAUUGGUGCCAAGAAACAAUCAUCCAACUGUUAGAUAUGAGCAAUAAGUUCUUGUGUCUUGAACGCGAAUGAGGACUGAGGUCAAGCUGUCCCGAAAGUCGAUCUGACGAGUGUGAUUGAGACAUUGCAAACGCCACCAACUGUUGGAGCUGAGAGGUGGCAUAAAAAGACAAUAAUAUGAAUGAUAGGGUAUAUCUUGGCCGAGUUGUGGGUGAAGCUCUCAUCUGCAUUCCGAGCACAUUUCCUCUUACCAUUAUGUUACCUCCAAAAAGAUUCCAUUCAAAAUGACAAUCCAAAUUAAAACUGACUGCCACGCCGAUUGACAAAACUCCUGGAUGAUCAAUCUUCCAUGCGAUGAGCUUAGUAUUCCUAUAAGCUCGAAAUUGUCGAUAACAAGAUAGUGAAGGAACCUACAUUUUAAGCCAUCAACCCAGAUGACUGGCCCAGAAAUCAUCAAACCAAACCAAAAAAUCUUGAAUAAUGAAUAUUCACUCUCACAAUCAUAACCAACCAACACCCCAUCCAAACAUCAAGCAAUUCGCCCACUCCAACCACGAGAAAGCAAUUCCAUUCAACACCCUCGAUCGCUCCAUUAACGAAAUCAAAGUCCUAACAAGCAUUCUGAACACACCUUUAGCAGACCAAUAAUUCUUGAUAGGAAACAAACCCACAUAUGCGGAUCUAACGAUGGCCUUGUCAUUAGGGAGUAGCGGGAGCGAGUUUAAAUCAUUGUUUGCGAGGAGAGCAUCUCCUGAGACCCUCGCAUUGAUAUGUAAGAGAGGAGUGUUCAAAACAUCGCUG